GAAUCUAUAUUUCUGUUUUGAUUAGGUGUCUACAGUCCAUCAGUGGGAUAGGGGACUGUAUGUGCAUUGUAUGAUUGUUCUACCCCUGUUUCCUUUCUCUCUACCCUCCCCGUAUUAUGUGACCAUCGGGACCUCUCAAGUACCGCACCAGUUCACACUGAUGUCAAUGGAACAGGACACCGGGGCACUGCCACGGCGCAGUGCCAGGCUCGCAGUUCGUGCCCGCCCUGCGGUACCUCCAAGACCCAAGAGACUUAGCAAGCGGAAGACUCCAGCAACAUCAAGUACAGCAUUGGCGGUACCGGACACCACCGGAGUUCUUCCCGCGUGCCUGGUUCGAGGGGCCAGUGAGCCGGUGGCUGACUAUCUUGGGCGACUACAGGUAUUUACAGAUGUCGUAGCUGCCGCCAAGGCUUGGCAAGAGGCAGCAGAGGCAGAACGUCAGCGGCUGGCCAAUGAGGCAGCAGCCCAAGCUCAGCAGACGGCUGAGGCCGACGCAGCGGCACGAGACCAACGGAAUGCCGCCAGCUCGGAAUCCCUGAUUCGUAAUGAGAAUCAGUGGACAACGAGCCUCGAGGGCAUGAUCUUUGUGUCUUUGGAAGAGCAGGCAGAUCCAACACCGGCGGAGGCAGAGAGGACUCACCUGGCUAACGUGAUGUUGACGAUGAUGCGAGCGAUCAUGUGGAACAAUACGAUGUUAGCGGUGCAAAUACACGAGGGCAGACAACUGCGACAGAUUCAGCAGAAGGAUUCUGCAGCCUUAUCAGUUGUUGUUCGCACUACCGCCACAUAUCAGCAACAACAGCAACAACAGCAACAACUGUUGAACACCACCACCGCACGCGUCAGCAGCAUCGAGGCUAAGACCUCAGCAGCGCCAGGCUGCACGACAGACGAGACGAAGCAGCUCAAUGGGCGCAUCGAUCACGUCGUCAAUCUCAUCGGCGACAUAGGUGUUUUCAAUGGGCCGGACACGAUCAGUAGCACGGUGACCGCCAUCAAGACGGACAUCACCAAGCUGCAGACGAGACCGGACGCCACUACGAAGAACUACAAGAUGCCGCACUUCGACAUCAACAAGUUCGACGACCACAACAAGACGGACGCUUUGGCAUAGUGGCAACGUUUCCUCACGGAAGCAUCAUGUCGCACUGUCCCAGAUGAC